AUGGAGAACUGCACCGCGGAGAACUGCACCGCAGACGAAGAUGACGUUCUGCAGAGUGGCAUCAUGCUAUUUCAACUGCUCGUCUACAUCCCAGUGCUCUCUUUGGGGAUCCCACUGAACAUGAUCGCCUUCUGGGUCUUCUGCUACAAGCUCAAGAGGUGGACCGAGACCAGGGUGUACAUGAUCAACCUCAUGGUCGCAGAUAGUUUCCUGCUCGUUGCCCUGCCCUUCCUGAUAUAUUUUACCAAGUAUGAGCACCCCAUAGACAACCUGUGUUUCACCAUACAGAACAUGUAUUUUACAAACAUGCCUAUGAGCAUCCUCAUCAUCACCCUGAUUGCGAUGGAUCGAUACAUUGCAAUCAAGUUCCCUCUAAAAGCAAAGAUUCUUCGAUCUCCACUGAAAUCAGCUUCUGUCUGUGGCUUUCUUUGGGUAACACUGAUAAUUUAUUCCUCUUUGCGUCCAAGAUUUCGUAACAAAAAGGAUAAAGUCUGCUUUCGGAGACAAACUAUUCAACUUAAUUAUUCACUGUUAUUCUCCAUUAUCUUUGAGUAUUUUAUUCCCUUAGGGAUAGUGAUUUUUUGCUCAGUACAAGUCAUCAGAUGUCUCAAAAAGAAGAUGGCCAUGGGCUCUCAUGAGACAAAGCUAAUCCAGAAAGCAAUCCACAUUGUUUCUGUGAAUUUGUGUGUAUUCAUUGUAUGUUUUUCACCCUUCUACAUCACACUGAUGUUGCGGUUCAAGACGAACCAAAGCCAAGAGUCUCAGCCACGCACAGAUCAAGUCAUGAUGUAA